AUGCACAGCAGCACAGGCCGACCGACCGAGCGAUCAGGGACGGCGCAUAGAUACAUAUACAUCUCCAGAUACACAGGAUCCAAAUCCAAAUGGAAUUGCAAUCAAUCAUCGCAUCGCGGAAUCUUGGAUUGGCCGAAGUGUGCCACCCCUCAUAACAUCACGUUCACAAUCUCAACCCCCUCCCCCUCUUCCCUCAACCCAGAUCCUCGAGCAUGGGGGCCGGCGCGGCAACCUUCGCAUUCGCAGGAGCUGAGGAGCAUGACCUUGAGUCGUAUCCUUACAUCUUACAUAUCGCUUCCCGAGCCUUCUCGUCUCGCCGGCGAGGUCACAGUCACACUCUUACCCUCCAUCCGGCGGCUCUGUGAAUCUGUGGAAAGGAAGCAAUUGUCGAUAAGAGGAGACUCAGUUCGACGCCGCCUUCCUCCUCUCGGCCGUUCUCCCCCUCCCCCUCCCCCUCAUAUCACACGACGUUGA